CGCUGCAGAGGAUUCAGAGAGAAACCUUUGGAAGAACGAAAACAGAUAAUCAAAAGGUUUAACAUCUGUUUUCGCUGCUGCUCAUCUACAGAUCAUCUCGCCAAGAACUGUACAACAGACAUCACUUGCACGGAGUGUGACAGCAAUAAUCACAUUUCUGCCCUCCAUCCAGGUCCAGCACCGCAGGAAUCUAAAACGCCGCCUUCCCCACAGCACGGUGGGGAGAACAGCAAAGCGGAUGUCCAAGAAGUCACCUCUCAGUGUACUGAGGUGUGCAGAGAAGGGGUUAGCGCCAGAGAAUGUUCCAAAAUCAUACUCGUCAAUGUGUAUCCUGCUGGCCACAAAGAACAAACAAAGAGAAUGUAUGCAAUCUUGGACGAACAGAGCAACCGUUCCCUUGCACGUUCACAGUUCUUCGAGUUGUUUCGGAUCCAAGGAGCAAGUUAUCCCUACACAUUGAAGACGUGUGCAGGGCUCACAGGAGUUUCAGGAAGAAGAGCUGGUGGCUUCAUAGUGGAGUCAAUAAAUGAACAGUUAAGCCUUCCUUUGCCAACUCUCCUCGAAUGUAAUGACAUUCCCAACAACCGCUCAGAAAUACCUACCCCGCAAGCUGCAUCCCACCACACUCAUCUGCAUCGGAUCGCGGACAAGAUCCCACCAUUGGACUCUGACGCUGACAUACUUCUACUGCUGGGCAGAGAUGUAUUGAGAGUUCACAAAGUCAGAGAGCAAGUAAAC